CUUUUUCCCGUGUGAGUUGCAACGCGCGGCGUGGCACGUGUUAUUCCUCUCUCAUUUUCUGAUUUCUUUUGAGCACCACGCGUGUUUGAAUCAAAUAAACUAUAACAAUGGAGAAGCCCACAGUUUUAGCUCGUGUAAUUAAAGUUUUGGGUCGUACUGGCUCACAGGGUCAGUGUACCCAAGUCAAGGUCGAAUUCCUCGGAGAGGAAAACAGACAGAUCAUCCGCAAUGUGAAGGGUCCAGUUCGCGAGGGAGAUCUUCUGACUCUCCUCGAGUCUGAACGUGAAGCCAGAAGGCUCAGAUAGAUAUGCUAUUCAAAAUAAAUAUAAAAUUACCAGCAAUUGUUGUAACCUGGACCAAAAACUUGGAGGAUAAAUAGAACUUAUUAGUAAAAUUUGUAAAGAGUUUAUUUAAUGAGACUUGAUCACAAUACAAUCAUGAAAAACCAAGUGGUAGUUUAAUGGAAUAAACAUUUGUUGGUAGCCCAUA